GCCAAGAUGCGAGGGCUGAUCUUUGCCUCGCUCGCCCUCUUGCCACCUUUCUCGGGGCUCUGGGGCUCUGCCGAGUUCCCCCAGAGCGACCGCACUUGGUGCCACGCAUCCGGGGCCUGCUACAGCGUCCACCUAGGCAGCAUGAAGUUUUACCAGGCUCAGAAAACCUGCGCCCAGCACGGGGGAGCUCUGAGCACGGCCAGCAGCCGCACCGAAGUCGGAGUCAUCCUCUCUCUGCUGAAAGGACUCGCCAACGAGACGGGCGGCUCUUUGUUUUGGUUGGGCCUGGUGAAGAAAGUCCAGCGGUGCACCCUUGAAGACCUGCCGCUCAGGGGGUUCUCCUGGGUUUCCCCGGGGCUUGAGGAGCCCGGGGCCAACGGGACCGCCGCCACGCCGCCCAAGUGGCUCAGAGAACCGAACAAAUCCUGCACGAAGCAGAGGUGCGCCGGGUUGCAAGUCAGUUUGGCCCAACCGCACCUCCAUCCGUGGGGCCUGAAGGACCACGACUGCUUCAAGGCAAGCCCGGGUUAUAUCUGUAAAUACAGCUAUGCGGGCACGUGCCCCGCCCUCCCCUCGGCUUCUGGCGCCCGCGGAAUGGUCUACUACAGGCUGCCUUUUCAGCUUCAAAGCCCGGACAUAGAAUUCAGCCCUCCGGGGACCAAUCUUACUAUAAGGUGCCCCGGGCGAGAGGCACGUUUUACUUGCCGCCUGUCGCCCAGCGGCUUCCAUUGGGAAGGCACCGAGCAAGACCUGUGCUCCUGUCCCAGCGGCUACUGGAGCCCGAGCAGCGGAGACUGUGCGCAAUUCAAGGACUGCUUUAGUGGCCUAGGCGCGUUCCGUUGUUUAUGCUCUUGGAGAUCCCGCUUGGCGGCCGACGAAAAGAGUUGCGUCGGCGUGACGACGGCGCAACCCAGCGUAUCUACUACGAGAGCUACGGGAACUUUCCCUGCCAACAGCACCAGCGGACCUGGUCAAAAUGCAUCGUUUCUGGAACCGUUUCCCACUCAGGCUUCUGCAAAUGCCUUCAACUAUAUCUUCAUCCUGAUCACGGUGGCGGUGGUGGCUCUUUCGAUUAUGGUCAUGGCCUCGUUCCAGGUCUUCCAGACCUGCUUCAAGAACUGCUCUUCCAAGAGUUCCCAGCCUACAAAAGAUGGUGCUGUGGUUGUAGAAGGCGAUCCAGAAGCCUCUGCCACCCGCACCAACUCUGAACGUUCCCUGGGACCCAGCAAAGCAGAGACCAUAGCUUCUCACUCCUUCAUGGACCCUCAUACUCUGCUCUAAGAAGUUGGAAGAUCCUUUGGAACAGAUUUGAAUACACAGCACAAAUGCAGUAGAAACAGUUUGCAUAUGGAUUCUGCUCUUAAUUUUUUUCCUGGAGGAAAAAAAAGAUUACCAAACAAAUGACUGUAAUUUUGAUGAAACUAAUCUUUAUCAAUUCAGUCAUCUCUUUCAGAUUUAUAUUAAAAUCUAAAAGUAAAGAAUUCUAUGAGCUCCAGGCACAUUCUUAGAAGAUUUUUACAUUUUGAUAUAUGUCUAUAUUUAGAAUUAUAUUGUGUGCAAAAUUCUUUAUAUAUUAAAUGAAGAGACAAUUAUUUUAAAAUGAUGUAGUAAUAUGCAAUUGCAUAGGAGAGGUAUGUGAAAUCGUAUUUAAAAAAUGGGGGUUACUCAAUUUUUUUCUGUUACUAUUUUUUGUUGAAAUUAUAGUAAGACUGCAGUUAACUUUUUGUAGGUAUGCAGCUUUCAUAGGAAUCAUUAAUGUUUUUUAAUAACUAAUAUAGCAGAGAUAUACUCAAACUUGCUAAUUUAUGUAAGAUGAUUAAAUAUGCAGAAUGUUGGAUAGCUGAUGAUAAAAAUGCUUUUAAUAUGUAAAGAAAGCAAGAAGAUAUGUGAAGUUGUUUAUUUCUUAAUUUCCUUCAUUAAAUAUUGGCAGAAGAAAUCAAAAUUUGUACUAGGUA